AUGGACGUGGAGGAGGAGGCCUGCAACGCCAACACCUGCUCCACCUUCGAGGAGUCGACCACACAAUGCUCUUGCAGGCCCUUCCUGGAGGAUCCCAUCCUGCUGAAGCGUGCCGAGUCGGUUCUCUACGAAACCGUGCAAGCUUCGAGGUACUUGACCGAUCAGCAGGCGGAAUCGCCAGGCUUGAUACAGUCUCUGUAUCCGGUAAAAGCAUACAAAAAGAUGAGGCAUGCAUCCAUCUUAAGCUCAACCAUGAAAGAGUUCGAGUUCCUGCAAAGUUCCAUGAACGAGCUGGACAGCGUGGAUGACCUGGCUGGUGAGGCUGUGAACAACCUCACAGGCUCCUUCAAGCCUCCUGCCGGUGCCUUCCCGCUCAUGGUGGAGGUUUGGGACAGCGACGUGACCACCUCCGAGUUCAUCGGCGAAGUUGGUGUGAGCUUGUCCUUGGGAGAGAAGAGCUAUUCCUUACCGUUGCGGCCCAACAAGAAUCGCGGUACCAAGAGCCUGAAGAAGGCUGAGAAAGGAUCGAUCGGCACGGUCGCUUUCACAACGAAAGUUGAGAUGGGAGUGCCAGAGGCGUGCAACCCAGGCCAAGAAGAGCUAUGUGCUUCACUCACGGUUACGGUGUCCUGCGACAGAGCCCACGAUGUUGCCGCCAUGGACCGGUUCUCAGCCUCGGAUCCUUACUGCCUGGUUCGAAUGAAGUCCACCGAUACGCAGCCUUCGAGCAAGUUUCGGACCAAAUCGAUCAGCGACACCUUGAACCCCGAUUGGACCGAUAUGGAACACAGCCACACGUUCUCCUUCCUCGUGCUGGUGGACGAUGGCGUACCAUGGAGCAUCGAUUCCAUCAGCCUGACUGACCAGUUCAUGGCAAACACGCGACUCAUGGCCAAGCUCCUGGUUCUCAACGGACAGGAGUGUCCGGAUAUUGCAUCGAAAUCCAAGAAGCAGAGGUUGGUCUGCGACUUGCUCUUCGGCUCCCAAGUUGACAACGCCACGCUCCAAGAAGCCUCCGGGUGCUUGAGCGACGAGGAUGCCCAGGUCUUCAAUAAGAUGGCCGAAGAUGCCCAGGGUGCGCACGUGGAUGACGGCGUGGGCCCCACUGACGCCUCCAGCUUGGCGGAGGUGGCCACGGCCGAGCUUGAGUCUCAGUAUGCCCUCUUGGGGCGUCCGGGCUGCGCCGCGUGCCACGGCUCCGCUCGCAGGGCGCGCCGCCGACGCGCCGCCCGCGCCGCCCGUGGUAACUUCUACGGGGCCCACGGCUAUUCGGGUGGGUACCGGCGCAGCACUUACCGGAGCAGCGGGUACCGCAGCUACAACAGGUACGGGGGCAACAGCCAUGACAAAGAAGGUGGUGGCGGCGUGUUUGUGGUGGUCGUCAUCCUCAUGAUCAUCUUGCCUACAUCCACAAGGGCGACACUCGAUCUGGUCUCCGGGUGGCCAAAGAAGGAAGCUACAGGCUUCCCCCACUUUGGCUCGACCGACCUUGAACUCUUCGUGUACGAGGCGUCUAAGGUUUGGAGGUGUCCGUGGUCAUCCGAUUUAAGGAGCAUCGCCGCGCAGCAGAAAGAGCUCAAGGGAAAGUACCUGGCGGUGGAGGCCGAGCUUAAGGAUGCCCAGCGCCGGGCAACAGAGGCACAAGCACAGGUCUCCUACCAGGAGUCGAAAAGAAAGGAGCUACAGCGCACGAUUGCCGGCUGGCAGGAGGAGAUGGCAACCAUUGAGUCCAAGAAGACCGAGACAAUGGAGGAGAUCCGGCAGAAAGCCCGCGAGAUUGGCGACGACGGAGCCGACUUGAAGUUAGACGAAGUCCGGAAGUCGCCCACUCUGCAGCAAUACCUGGCGCGCGGGCUGAAGAGCGGCAGCCUUAUCCAGGAGUAUGCCAAGCUCCACUUUGAAGUUGAGGACUUCAAGAGUAAGAUCCAGGCUGCGCAGAGCGGAAGCGCCAAGAAUGAGCAGGUGGCUGCCGAGCACCGGAAGCUACGGGAGGUGGCCAAGGAGCAAGCGGAAGCUCUGAAGACCAGCCUCCGCCAGUUGCAGCGUCACCAAGAGGCCAUGCAGAAAGACUUGGACCAAGUCGCCGAGGACGAGGAGACGGUGCAGCUCCAGAGGAAGAGCUUGGAAAGGACUGUCGAGUGGGCCAAGAGUACUUCGCCCUUGACCCCGAUAACGGUCGACACGCUUGGGAGCCUGGUGGCCACGCGUGCGGAAGCGAUCCGCCUCGCUCUCGCCAUCUCUGGCUCCGCGCACCUGCAAGUGCUUCGCGACUUGAAGUGUUUGGCCUUUGAGCUCCGGUCCAAGCGCCGCAUCGCUGAGAAGCUGAGGAAGGCUGGCUUCGCCGGCCAGGAGCUGAAGGAGAUGGGCUUCUCAGCGCGCGAGUUGCACCAAGCUGACAUCCCGAUUCUGGAGCUCUUUACUGGAGAGGAGCUGAAGGCUGCUGGCUUCUCGGCGCGGGAGCUGCGGGAAAUCGGCACCACUGUACUGGCACUCAUGGAGCUCGGCUUUCAGGUCCACGAGCUACGCGAUGCGGGCUGUGAUUCAAGGAGCCUCGAGGCUGCCUGCAACUUCCGGAACGGAACCUCCGUGGCUGAGCUCUCCCUGCAAGGGUUCGAAGCUAUCGACUUGAAACGUGUGGACUGUCGCGACUCGCACUGCUUCGACUGCGGGAAGAAGGUUCCGUGCAUUGCCGAGGGAUGUCCGAACUACCGCAGCAAGGGCACGGAGAACGCGGAGAAGGUCGAAGCUCUGUUGCGGCGAACCGGCGCGAAGGCGACCCACUACGUCACGUUCUGGCAACUCGGUUCCAACGAAGCCGAAGUGGUCGGCCUCUCGCCGAUCGACUGGAAACGGUUGAAACAAGACGCGCAAGUUUGCAACCAACGCACCUGGGGCACGGAGUCCGAAGAGAGCUCACAGAGCUCGGAGCCGAAGGAGGAAGAGGAGGGCCCCGAGGAGGAGGAACACGGCAAGGACGAGUCUGGCGAGUCUGGCGGCACCGACGUGGAAGACCUCUCGAACCUCUUGCCGCCCGAGCAGGCAAAGGAAGCCCAAGCCGUCAUCAAUGCGGAGGCCGAGGCCGACACCUCGCCGGCCGAGGCCGAUCCCUCGCCAGCCGAGGAGCCGGUGGCGAAGCGCCGCAGGUGCAAGGGGCCGGCAUCGGAAGCAUCCCCCGAAGACAAGGGCGACGACGAUGAGACCUCCUAG